AUGGUUUCAAGUAUCAUUGGCGUUGUGAAAAGGAAAAGAUCUCUCACUUGUGCUUUGCAGAUGAUCUUAUGCUUUGCAGAUGGUCUGAUGGCUAAUAUAGUAAGGGACAGUGGUCUUCAGUACCAUUGGCAUCCCCUUGGUCCUCUUAUUGAGGUGUUUGGGAAAAGGUUUAUCUAUGAUUCUGGCCUUGGGCAGAAUGCCAAGGUGGAGGCUAUUAUUGACGGCCAGGAGUGGCACUGGCCAAUCUCUCGUUCCCCUGCAUGGCUUGAGCUCAUUAGUAGUACUCCUACUUCAUUCCGGCCAGAUAGCAGAAGGCCGGAUGUCUUGCAGUGGAUUGAUGCUCCGAAGGGUUCCUUCUCUGUUCGUAGUGUUUGGGAGUCGUUGCACCCGCGUCAUAGUAGAGUGGACUGGUGGAAGCUUGUUUGGCAUAGCCAAGCUAUUCCAAGGAUGUCCUUUAUUCUUUGGUUAGCCAUCCAGGAUGCCUUGUAUACUCAAGCUAAGCUUAUAUGCUUUGGCAUUAUUCAGGUCGCCCAAUGUGUUUUGUGUGGGGGUGGGCAUGAGGAUGUGGAUCAUUUAUUUUUUGAGUGCCCAUUCUCUCAGCGCAUCUGGUCCAUUCUUUGUGCCAAGUGUAAUAUUUCGUGGGCCUCGCGUAGAUGGAUGGAUACGAUCUCUUGGCUUUCUCAAAUGGAUGGUCGUUCACUCUUGGGUCGAACUGCAAAGCUUAUGGUGGCAGCUGCGGUCUACUACAUUUGA